AUGGUGCGCGUAGAUCUCGACCACCGGCAGCGGCAGCAACACCUCCAGCAGCAGCCGCCCGCAGACGCCCAGUCGCUGCAGAGGACGUCAUGGUCAAGCUUCGACAAAGUUGAACAAUCCCCGUCGCCGUCGCCGUCGUCGUCGCCUUCACCGUCACCGUCACGCUCACCGUCGCUGUCGCCUUCGCCCUCGCCCUUAGCGUCGGUGUCGGCCUCAGGCUCCAUCUCAGCCUCACGGACAAGCGGACAAGCGGACGAGAAGGAGGACGCGGAGGAGAAGAUCUCAGUGACCGGAAGGACUCGCUCGCCCGAUGCCUCGGCCUUACAGAACCUGAACAUCCACGAACUCACCCCCAAGGCCCGCAGUCGCCGGCAGUCAAAGUCCAACCUGGCCAGUCCCCGGCAGCUCCAAUAUCAUCUUCAGCAUCAGCAACAAGGGCAAUGUAAUACUACGCCAAAGAAGCGUGCCGCCUCCGAGCGAGACGACGACGACGACGAUGCCGAUGGUAGUAGUUCAAAGCGGUGCUCACACUACACGGUCAAGCGGUGCGGUGUCUUCUUCCAGGCCAGAGCCGCUGAUGACGGGUUCAUCGACCAAGCCAUUGACGACGACCUAGAUGAUGAUGAUGAUGAUAAUGAUGACGACCUAGAUGAUGUUGAAGAACAAGCAGGAGCAAAAGUAAAAGAAGAAGACGAUGAAGGAUAUGGCCAUGAUAGAUCCCUGCCACACAGCCUCCCAUGUUCUCCAGACCUCUUCCUGCAGCCGGAGACCAGGCAGAUCUCCGAGGAGCAGCUCAUUGUCGAGGUGCAGGGCAUCUACUCUGGGCUUGUCGUCAUCGAGAAGAAGUGUGUUGAGAUUGACAUGCAGCAGCUCAACGGCAGAUCGGAACUCAGCAACGAACAGUGGAAGGCCCUGAUAGCCAUCCAUAGGACCCUUCUCCAUGAGCACCACGACUUCUUCCUUGCCUCGCAGCACCCCUCGGCUACGCCUAGGCUGCGCAGGCUGGCUACAGAGUAUGGGAUGCCUGCUAGAAUGUGGAGGCAUGGCGUGCACUCGUUCCUGGAGCUGCUUCGGCACCGGCUCCCGGGUUCACUCGAGCACAUGAUAUCUUUCAUCUAUAUUGCUUACUCUAUGAUGACCCUCUUGCUUGAGAGUGUGCCUGCCUUCUCGCGUAUCUGGAUUGAAUGUCUCGGUGAUUUAGCCAGGUACCAGAUGGCAGUUGAAGAGGUUGACCUGUAUAACCGGGAGAAGUGGGCUGAGGUAGCCAGGUACUGGUACCGAAUGGCUGCGGAUAAAGGACCCAACGUUGGCAGAAUACAGCAUCACGCUGCUGUCCUGGCCAGACCAAAUAUCCUGGCACAGCUGUUCUAUUACACCAAGUCUCUGGUCUGUGUUGAGCCCUUUGCCAGCUCAAGAGAGAGCAUUUUGCUGCUAUUCAACCCCUUGCUGGAAGAAGACCGCCGCCAACAGAAGCAACAGCAGCAAAAGCAGCAAGAACAGCAACAGCAAAAUAAACUACACAAGCACAGCCGGCCCAGACAGCAACCUCGUCACCCACUGGCUCUGGCCUCAUUCGUCAAGGCGCACGGCAUCCUGUUCAAGAAGGAAUCAGUUCACUCCUACUUCGAACACACCCUGCAGUUCUUCUCCUGCUUGCCGCAACACGUAGGCCGAAUGGGAGAGAAGUUCCGCGAGCAGGGCGUCCAAAUCUCAUGCUCCAACUUUGCUACGCUUUUCAUUAACGACAACUCUCUUGCGCCCGCGGUAGCUAAUACCCUGACAGAUCUGUAUAAACUUGCCGUUGCAAAACCAGCUGAUUGCAGAAUCCCAUCGGCAAGAGCAUACUGGAGCACCUGCAGCGCCCGGUCUGAGCCUAUUGUCUCCUUGCUUGAUUCUAUCCCUCAGUCUUCCAACACCAGAUUCAGCUCGUCUCUCAGCCCACUCUACUACACCAUCUACCAGUCUAUGCAUACGUUCUCUCUCUUACUCCGCCAAAUUGGUGACAAAAACGUCCUUCCAGCUAUCCACGUCUCUCUUGCUUUCCUGUUCACUCUUUCCCUCACCCCGGAAGCAAUGCACGUCUUUGAGCCCCUUGUUCCCUUCCGUGACCUGGUUACUUUCCUUAAUACCCUUAACCGCCACCGCGUAAGCGAGUCCAAGAUCACCAGUGAUGAGUUCCCCCUUACCGAGUCCAGUGAUGUAGGGGUCAAGUACCAUCUCCCUGAAGAGUUUGACCUGCGCGGCCUGGCUUGGGCAAGGCUCUACUUCCCCGAUGGACACUUUGUCAAUACGGAGCUGGCAGAGGAAGAAGACCGGACUCUUGAGCUGGCCCAUACCGCAAAUGUCAGGGCUGAGAGGUGUCUCUGGCUUGGACAUAGGAUGGCCUCCAUGGAUCGUUGGUUCACGUAUGACCCAGCCCAGAAACGGUUUAAGAUAAAGGAUCUUGUGCUGCAGCUUGAGCAGUGCUCGGAGCGAGUCUCCUUCUUCAGAAAGGCUGCUGAGAUACUUGCCGAGUCGACUUGA